CUCCUGGAGAGAGUCAUGUUGGGAGGUGACCUUCUCCAAGAUGGCGUCAGUAACCCCACCAGGACGUUGCGUGAGACCUACGAGCUGUACGCGGUGACGCAAUUUGCGGCAUGUGUUGUCUUGCAGAUGCCGAUUCAUUGUGGAGAGAUGGCGGUGAACGGGGCGGAUGCUGCUGGGCUGAGACAAGUGGCCGCCAUGUAUGAGCUGCUGAAAGCCGAGUGGAACAAGAAGAGCCCGAACCUGAGCAAGUGCGGGGAUGUGCUGGUGAAGCUGAAGCUGGCUCUUCUGGAGCAGAACUUUUUACCCACCUCCAGCGUCAAACUGACCAAGCAACAGCUCAUCCUGGCUAGGGAUAUCUUAGAAAUUGGCGCACAAUGGAGCAUUCUGAAGAAAGACAUCCCGUCAUUUGAAAGAUAUAUGGCCCAGCUAAAGUGCUACUAUUUUGACUAUAAGGAAGAGCUCCCGGAAUCUGCUUACAAGCACCAGCUGCUCGGCCUCAACCUCCUCUUCCUCUUGUCACAGAACAGAGUGGCCGAGUUUCACACGGAGCUGGAACGGCUGCCGGCCAAAGAGAUCCAGGCAAAUGUAUACAUAAAACACCCGGUUUCUCUAGAACAGUACUUGAUGGAGGGAAGUUAUAACAAAGUAUUUCUGGCCAAAGGGAAUAUACCAGCGGAGAGUUACACAUUCUUCAUCGACAUCCUGCUGGACACAAUAAGGGAUGAGAUUGCAGGCUGCAUUGAGAAGGCCUAUGAAAAGAUCUUAUUCAACGAGGCCACAAGGAUAUUAUUCUUUAAUACUCCGAAAAAAAUGACUGAUUAUGCAAAGAAGCGCGGUUGGGUGCUGGGCCCAAAUAGCUACUACAGUUUCAGCAGCCAACAGCAGAAUCCGGAGGAGGCCACAAUUCCUUCCACAGAACUAGCCAAACAAGUGAUCGAAUAUGCCCGCCAGCUGGAGAUGAUUGUAUAAACCACGGGAGGUCACCCUGGCCCCCUCUCCGCUUGUGUUCUCUGUUCUGGCCUGCUCACUCGCCGGUCUCACUCUUCUUUUUAUACACCAUAGAUCAGGGCAAGGGAUCUUUUUGUAAGACUAUACAUUAAUGGCUUGGUGUCCUCUCCUCAGGCCAGUUGGAUGGAGACCCGUUAUUCCCUCCCCUCCUUCCAUAAUACAGAAGAAGCCUUAUUCUGCACAGAGGAGGAAUUAUUCAGUCAUUAUAAUGAGAUGCAUACAUUGUGUUGCACCACACACACUGAUAAUGUUGCAAUAAAUCCUUUUUGUUUUUCUCUCCCACUGGCGGAGCGUUGCUCGUGCAGAUUAGGAUAGUGUCACGCAGAUACUUUGUACGCUUGGAUUAAGAAUUGUGAUACGGCUUUUAAUCCUUCCACCUACUAGCCCACAAUCAAUUUAACGUCUGUCGGGCAUAAUACAUUGCGCAAGUCCACUGCCGGUGUGUUGCUGCAGUGUCUUACUGCUUGGAUGACAGAUUUAUUGGUUGGUAAAUGACGGUAGUAUAUGCCAUAUAUGUAUAUCGGCCUAACAGAAGCACAAAGUGACUCUCUGACAUUGCGCUCAGUUGUGUGUGUAUUUCAUGUGGCUGAGCGCUGGACAUGACAUUCACAGGUGUGAUCUGCCUGGCCUUUAUUCUUGGUGUAACCAGGGGCCACCUAUUCUGGGACAGCGCGGCGGUUCAGAUGCCAGGCGACUGACGUUUCCAUUCACUUUCUUUAUUUUACUAGUGGUCUGGCCUAAAUCAUACAGGAGCCGUGUGGGGUGCUCAAUUUACCAAACUGGGGAGCGGUUACCUGUGAUGGCUCUGCGUAGCACAAAGUAUACAGCCUUGUUACCAUAGGGCAGAUGUAUUACGCCUGGAGAAGUGAUAAGUGUAAGGUGAUAACGCACCAGCCAAUAUGUAAAUUUACUGUUAGCUGAUUGGCUGGUGCGUUAUCACUUUGCACUUAUCACUGCUCUAUCACUUCUCCAUGCUUAAUAAAUCUGCCCCAUGUGUCCUUUGCGGAACCUAAUCAAAGACUGAGUUUAAACAUUGUAUUUAAAACAUAACAAGACAAUAAAACUUGAUCUUUUGUGAA